AUGUCUUUUUUGCGGCACCGCUUCGGCGGCGGAGGCGACUCGUCCACAGAACCGUCUCGAGAACCAACGCCAGAUCCGGAUCGUCCCCAAAACCUCCGCGUCGUCACAGCCGAGAAGCUUCAGCAACUGAAAUCGAAAGAUCGCCCGAAAAAUGGGAAGAGGAAGAAUUUCUGGAUUUUUGGACUGGGUGGUGUGUUUGGACUGCUGGUAGCGGCCUUCUUCGCGGGCAGCAAUGACAUGAUCGACCUCUCGGGCCUCGAGAGUAUGAAUCUCGAGAGCCUUUUCGAUGUCUUACCCGCAGGAUUGGUUCAGGAUGCAAAACAGUUGCAGAAACAAGAACGAGACGCCGUGAAUUACGACUCCUUCGCCGUCGGCCUCCACGCACGAUCCCAAGGCAUCCACGCUUUACACCCGGUUAUCAUGAUUCCCGGUGUCAUUUCAACAGGUCUCGAAUCCUGGGGAACCGAAGAAGAGUCAAGGCCAUACUUCCGCAAGCGACUAUGGGGCUCGUGGACAAUGAUGAGGGCCUUGGUCCUUGAUAAACCGGGUUGGAAGAAGCAUAUCAUGCUUGACAAGAAGACCGGGAUGGAUCCUCCAGGCAUCAAGCUCCGCGCCGCUCAAGGUUUCGAUGCGACGGAUUUCUUCAUUACAGGCUACUGGAUAUGGAACAAAAUCCUAGAGAAUCUCGCGACGAUCGGUUACGAUCCUACAAAUGCCUUUACCGCGGCAUAUGACUGGCGGAUGUCAUACAUGAACUACGAGAAGCGCGACCAAUUCUUCACGCGUUUAAAAUCACACAUUGAGAUCGCCGUCCGCGUUUCGAACAAGAAGGUAGUUCUCCUUUCUCAUAGUAUGGGCUCGCAGGUGCUUUAUUACUUCCUACACUGGGUAGAAGCAGAAGGGCAUGGUAAUGGAGGGCCCGAAUGGGUCGAGGCGUAUAUCGACUCCUGGAUCAAUAUCAGUGGUUGCAUGCUCGGAGCUCUCAAGGGAAUGCCAGCGGUUCUCUCCGGCGAGAUGAAAGAUACCGCCCAGCUCAAUGCGUUUGCCGUCUAUGGCCUCGAGAAAUUUCUGUCUCGCCACGAGCGGGCUGAGCUAUUCCGCGCUAUGCCGGGCAUCUCGUCGAUGCUGCCCAUCGGCGGAGAUGCCGUGUGGGGAAACUCCACAUGGGCUCCUGACGACAAGCCCGGGCAAGAGAUCACCUACGGGAAAUUCAUCCAGUUCCGAGACAGCAAUUCUAGCUUGACUAGCAAAAACUUGACGGUCGAGGAGAGUAUGCCAUUCCUUUUCCAGAACGCGGAAGGUUGGUACAAAGACAUGGUCCAAUCAUCUUAUUCCCAUGGUGUGGCGCACACAUCUAAGGAGGUCGAAGACAACCAACUCAUCCCUGCCAAAUGGAUAAACCCCCUCGAAACUAGGUUACCUCUUGCUCCUCACCUGAAAAUCUAUUGCUUCUACGGAAUCGGCAAGGAGACCGAGCGGGCCUAUUAUUACAGAGAUGACAACGACCCAUUCAGUAAGACCAACGUGACGAUUGAUACAGGUUACAGCAGCAAUGGCAAAAUCGAUCACGGUGUUGUAUUGGGCGAAGGCGACGGCACAGUGAACUUGCUGAGCGCAGGUUACAUGUGCUCGAAAGGUUGGAAAUUGAAGCGAUUCAACCCGGCUGGUGUGCAGAUUAAGACGUACGAGAUGCCACACGAGCCGGAUCGAUUCUCCCCUCGCGGUGGACCAAAUACAGGUGACCACGUCGAUAUCCUCGGACGGUCCUCACUGAAUGACCUCAUCCUCCGCGUCGCCGGUGGAAGGGGCGAACUCAUCGAGGAAACCAUACACUCGAACAUCAAGAAGUAUGCCGACAAUGUCCAAAUCUUCGAAGAGGAGUAG